AUGUUAACUAGCAGUCAUACAAAUUUGGCCAAAUUAACAACAAAUGCUCCUGAUGGUGGUUGGGGAUGGGUUAUUGUGUUUUCAUCUUUCAUGAUUCAUUUUAUUAUGGACGGAAUCACAUAUUCGAUGGGCGAUAUCUACUUGGAACCAAUGCUAACCAAUCUUCAAUUCAGUCGUGCUUAUGUUUCAGCUAUAUUUUCCUUCUUAGAAUCGAUUACUUUAGCUUCAGCACCUAUUUCAACUGUUUUUACAAAUACAUUUGGGUCUCGUACAAUUACGAUAGUUGGUGCUCUUCUCGCAUCGUUUGGCUUUUUUCUUAGUCGAUGGUGGACAAAUAUUUAUUAUUAUUAUCUAACAAUUGGUAUCAUCGGAGGCAUUGGCUGUGGACUUAUUUAUUUACCGGCGAUUGUUUCUGUUGGAUAUUAUUUCGAAGAAAAACGUUCAUUCGCAAUGGGCAUUGCUGUUUGUGGGUCCGGUUUGGGUACAGUCGUAUUUCCAUUUGUGCUGCCUUGGAUUAUGAAUAGAUUCUUUUCAAAUAAUUAUAAAGAUGCUCUUCUAUUCGAAUCAGUUCUCAUUUUUCUCUGUAUCUUUUUUGGUCUUCUUAUGAUUCCUCUACCAAUAGAACCGAGUGAACAACGUCGUUUAAGAAUAAGCUUACAAAAAGAAGCUAAAAAACAAGUGAAAAAAACAAUGGCAAACAUGGAAAAUGAAAAUCAGCAAACAAAACAAUCAAUAACUGAACAUGAAAGUGUACCUUUCUUAGCAACAUGUUCUAAUAAUGUAAUCAAUGAACAAAAACAUUUACCCGAAGAUAGACGACAUACAACAAUAUCGUUUCAAAAUGUUCCUCACAACAUUCUCAAUGGUAAUGCUGUUAAUAAAAUUGAACAUGGUUGGGAAUCUCUCUCACAUCUAUCGUCACCUUAUCAUCAUUCUGUUUUAACAAUUCAAAGUAUUCCAUUAUAUCAAGGUACUCUUAGUCGAAUAUCUCUACCUAAUAAACUAGUUGAUGAUAUUCAUUUAAAUGAUAUAAAAAAUCGACCAAGAACAAAAACAACAACAGCAACAAUAGUAGUCAAUGAAGAACACACUGAACCAUUAGCUGAAUCUAUAAUGAGUUCACUUAUUGAGCAGAUUAAUUUAAAUUUACUUAAAUAUCCUGCAUUUACUCUCUUUACGGUAUCGAAUUUUUUAUCGAGCCUUGGCUUUUUUGUUCCAUACAAUUUUGCACAUGAUCUUGCAAAAGAUUCACAUGUUGAAGAAGCACAUAGAAAAUUUGUUAUUAUGACUAUUGGAUUUUCUCAUUGUUUUGGACAUGUUGUUAUUGGAUAUUUAGCAGAUCUUAAAUCGGUUAACCGUCUAUUAUUAUACAAUUCAACAUUGAUUAUAACUGGUUUUGCAACAAUUAUUGCUCCAUACAGUGGUUCUCAUAUUCUUGCUCAUAUUAUUUAUGCUUCUUUUUUUGGUUUCUUCUCUGGUGGUUAUGUUGGAUUAACAUCAAUUAUUACUGUUGAUCUUGUUGGUAUAAAUAAAUUAUCAAAUGGAAUGGGCAUCAUAUUACUUUUUCAAGGAAUUGCAACUGCUAUCGGUACUCCUGCUGCUGGAGCAAUGCGUGAUGCAUUUGAAAAACAUAAUCGACCAUUUUUUUGGCCUUAUUUUAUGUUCGGUGGAUUUAUAGUAUUAAGUGGAGGUAUAUUAUUUGCAAUUCCGUUUUUAAUACGAAGAGACAAAAAUAAGAAAAAAUCAGAUCAACUUCCUUCGAAUAUGGAUAUUCUUUCUCAUUUAGAUAGAAAUGAAUCUUCUCAUACAUAA